UCCCGAAAGCAGUUCCACCCCCUGCGCAGGACGCCUUGGCCGGGCUCCCCUCGGCCCCCUGCUGCCGUUGUCUUUACGGAACCUUUGGUGUCGGGGCUUGGAAGUCUCCUUGGCGCCGGCUUCUGGGCCCGGGCGAGGCUGGUGCGUGGCGCCGGGGUGGAGGCGGCUAAGUCCCGGGGACUUCUGCCCUGCGCCUCCGACGGGCAUUUGUCUGGCUGCGUCCGGGCUCGGGACGAUCCUGGGUCCUCGCUGGCGCUGCGGCCCUGCCCGGCGGCUUCGUGACCUCCGGCGGCGAAUCCCCGGGCUCGCGCAACGAGUUGUAGCCGCGGAGAGCAGGCGUCGAUGCUGGCGCCCAAAGCCUCCAGCCUGAGAGUCGCCUCACUCGUGACGAGUUUCACUCUUGUUACCCAGGCUGGAGGACAAUGAUGUGAUCUCUGGUCACCACAACCUCCGCCUCCCGGAUUCAAGCGAUUCUCAUGCCUCAGCCUCCCGAGUAGCUGAGAUUACAGGCAUGUGCCACCACGCUCGGCUAAUUUUGUAUUUUCAGUCGAGACGGGGUUUCUCCAUGUUGGUCAGGCUAGUCUUGAAUUCCUGACCUCAGGUGAUCUGUUCGCCUCGGCCUCCCAAAGUGCUGGGAUUACAGGCGUGAACCACUGCACCCGGCGAGGCAUUUUUUACCGUCUACAGAAACUUAUUAUAAUUCAUUUUUCCUGACUCCAGUAGUAAGAAUUAUACCAAAUUGAAAAGAUAUGAAUGAAUAUCCUAAAAAAAGAAAAAGGAAGACUCUACACCCUUCUCGUUAUUCAGAUUCCUCUGGAAUAAGCAGAAUUGCAGAUGGAUUCAAUGGAAUUUUCUCUGAUCAUUGUUACAGUGUCUGUUCUAUGAGACAGCCAGAUUUAAAAUAUUUUGACAACAAAGAUGAUGAUUCUGAUACCGAGACGUCAAAUGACUUGCCAAAAUUUGCAGAUGGAAUCAAGGCCAGAAACAGAAAUCAGAACUACCUGGUUCCCAGUCCUGUACUUAGAAUUCUAGACCACACUGCCUUUUCUACAGAAAAAUCUGCUGAUAUUGAAAUUUGUGAUGAAGAGUGUGACUCACCUGAAUCAGUCAACCAGCAAACCCAAGAGGAGAGUCCUAUAGAAGUUCACACUGCUGAAGAUGUUCCAAUUGCUGUAGAAGUGCAUGCGAUUUCUGAGGAUUAUGAUAUAGAGACAGAAAACAAUUCCUCUGAGAGUCUCCAAGACCAAACUGAUGAAGAACCGCCAGCUAAACUUUGUAAAAUUCUCGACAAGAGCCAAGCUUUGAAUGUGACUGCCCAGCAGAAAUGGCCUUUACUGAGAGCUAAUAGCAGUGGCCUCUAUAAAUGUGAACUUUGUGAGUUUAACAGCAAAUAUUUUUCUGACUUAAAGCAGCAUAUGAUCCUGAAGCAUAAACGUACUGAUUCAAAUGUGUGUCGAGUAUGCAAGGAAAGUUUUUCUACCAAUAUGCUUCUGAUAGAACAUGCCAAACUGCAUGAAGAGGAUCCCUACAUUUGUAAAUACUGUGAUUAUAAGACAGUAAUUUUUGAGAACCUCAGCCAGCACAUUGCAGACACCCAUUUUAGUGAUCACCUCUAUUGGUGUGAACAGUGUGAUGUACAGUUCUCCUCAAGCAGUGAACUCUACCUACAUUUCCAGGAGCACAGCUGUGAUGAACAGUACUUGUGUCAGUUCUGUGAACAUGAAACUAAUGAUCCAGAAGACUUGCAUAGCCAUGUGGUAAAUGAGCAUGCAUGUAAAUUAAUAGAAUUAAGUGAUAAGUAUAACAAUGGUGAACAUGGACAGUAUAGCCUCUUAAGCAAAAUUACCUUUGACAAAUGUAAAAACUUCUUUGUAUGUCAAGUAUGUGGUUUUCGGAGUAGACUUCAUACAAAUGUUAACAGGCAUGUUGCUAUUGAACAUACAAAAAUUUUUCCUCAUGUGUGUGAUGACUGUGGGAAAGGCUUUUCAAGUAUGCUAGAAUAUUGCAAGCAUUUAAAUUCACAUUUAUCUGAAGGGAUUUAUUUAUGUCAAUAUUGUGAAUAUUCAACAGGACAAAUUGAAGAUCUUAAAAUUCAUCUAGAUUUCAAGCAUUCAGCUGACUUGCCUCAUAAAUGUAGUGAGUGCUUGAUGAGGUUUGGAAAUGAAAGGGAAUUAAUAAGUCACCUUCCAGUCCAUGAGACAACUUGAUUAUUCUCUUUAACUUACAGAAUGUUAGUUUAAAAUAAUAAAUUCAUCCUUUUUUGGAGAUGAUUAAAUGGAUGAUUGUAAACACAACUUAUGAAAUCUGCCUUUAACAAGUAACUUUUUUAAAUUAUAAAAUUUUAUUGGCAUUGCUCCAUUUUCUGUAUAUAAAUAUAUCUUUAAUGUGGUAUUUUCAAUUGCGUGAUAGUUUGUAGUUUCAACCACUCUUGGUGACUGUCAUCCUGUUUCUUGCGUAUUCUCUGAUUUCAUGAAUUGAAAAGAAACAAAUGUAUUGAAGAAGUGAGCUACAGUUUUCCUUCCUUAACCAUGGGUGCUAGUAACUUUUUAAAACUCAAGACAAGAUUAGUUUUUUAUGUGUGAAGUCAUUAAAUUAUUACACGACCAGAACUAAAAUGCAAUAUACAAUUAAGUCCACGGAUACUCCCAUUAAUGAGAAAUAACACUAGGAAGCCACUAUUACAGGAAGAAAAGAUUUGGUUUUCAUGGCAGUCUGUUUUUUUAAAAAAAUUUUUUUGAGCCACUAUCUAUUGUUAAAUAUUUUAAGAUGGGAUGAGGGAGGAACUAAUAAGGGCUUACACAAUAAAAAAUAACUAUAUCAUAACUCA